GAGAAAGGGAAAAACGUAUAUGAAGUUGCAAAAUACUACAUGAUAUAUAAUAUGUAUAUACUGGAUUUUUAAUGAAUUAUUGACAUUAAAGCAAAUGACGGAGAUUCAUCUUUAGAGUGGGGUAGAUCUCUUCUCUCCACUAUGCGGACGAUCUGCUGCCCCUCAUCACCGAUAAGAUAUCAUCUUAGAUAGCGCAGAUUAACACAAAGAAAGAGGUACCGUCUCCGAGGUAUGUUACGUAGCCAGCCAGCCACAGUAAGGGAUUUUUAAAUUACUUGUGAUCUAGACAUAUAUAUCACCUCACGUUGAACCGCAAUGGCAGCAACACACCUACACUCCCACGACGGUGGCUUGACCAACCAUUCUCACGAUGGCUUCUCCGUCGCCGAGCACGGCCACUCGCACGAGAUCCUCGAUGGACCCGGCAGCUUUCUCGGCCGUGAAAUGCCCAUCGUCGAAGGUCGUAACUGGAACGAGCGAGCUUUCACUAUUGGGAUAGGAGGCCCCGUCGGUUCCGGCAAAACCGCCCUAAUGCUAGCCCUCUGCCUAGCCCUACGCCAACAAUACUCCAUCGCCGCCGUAACCAACGACAUAUUCACGCGCGAAGACGCCGAAUUCCUAACCAAACACCUAGCCCUCCCCCCGCCACGCAUCCGGGCCAUAGAAACCGGUGGCUGCCCCCACGCCGCCGUGCGCGAGGACGUAUCCGCCAACCUAGCCGCGCUCGAAGACCUCCACCGAGAAUUCGAUUCCGAUAUCUUACUCAUCGAAUCCGGAGGCGAUAACCUAGCUGCGAAUUAUAGUCGCGAGUUGGCUGAUUUUAUUAUUUAUGUGAUUGAUGUUAGUGGUGGUGAUAAAGUACCGCGGAAAGGUGGUCCCGGGAUAACGCAGAGUGAUUUGCUAGUUGUGAAUAAGACGGAUCUAGCCGAGGCCGUGGGCGCGGAUUUAGGCGUUAUGGAGCGCGAUGCGAGGAAGAUGAGGGAGGGGGGCCCUACGGUUUUCGCGCAGGUUAAGAAAGGUGUUGGUGUGGAUCAUAUUGUUAAUCUGAUUAUCAGUGCGUGGAAGGCGAGCGGUGCUGAGGAGGUUACUAGGAAGAACGGAGGGCCGAAGCCGACGGCUGGGUUGGAGACGUUGGUAUGAGGCGAAUUGAAGAUUAAUUCGCCUUGUUGUAUGGGUUAUUUAUGUGAAUAUGAUACCAAAAGGACUCUCACUUAAACGAAAGAAAUAAAAACCGCGAGGUGAUGGGAUUAGACCCGUUCAUCAUUUAUCUCAUAA